AUGCAGGGGCGCGUGCUGUCGCCAACGCUGGCCUUUCAUGAGGCGCGCGAAGUGUGUGCGGACCUAUCCGCCAUCUUUGCGGCGUCUGAACUAAGCAUGGCGAUGCCUGAAGGUGCACCCACCGGGACCCAGGCGCACAUUCCGUACGACGAGCAGGUGCGGGUGCGGGUGCACUUGCGCCUGCCGUCCCUCCCCAGCCGCCUUCCGCCGCCGCGGGAGGCAACCGAGGCUGUGACCGUGCUUGAUAAUGAGUCUCUGCAGCGUCUCCCUCCGCGUCUCGUUGCGCUAGCCACUUCUUUGCAGCUUCGAGUGCAAGCUGCGUUCCUUGAAGAGCCUACGUCGCCGGUGACUGUGUACGCAUGGCAGGGCAUGGAGCCGCACACUGACUUUUGCGUGCGACUCCCAAGUUGUGAGGAAGAAACACCCUCAAGCAUAACACCAUUCGGCGAAGACUCUGGGCUCAAUGGUAUUGUCUACGACACGGCGUCCAAGGCGUGGCACAUGCACUGGUACUGUGAUCUGGUCAUGCCGUGGAGGAGAGCCCGGGGAAAAGUCGCGUCAGUGCGCAUCAAUUCCGACCUGCGCCUGCGCCUUGAUCUUGGCACACUGGUCGCGCACGCGGACGCGCCGCGGCCACAGACGCCGUUCCACUACACGGCGCACUCAGUACAUCCUUGCGCGCUUUCUGGCGACCCGUACAUGAUCGAAGCAGAUAUGCUAAGCGAGCUGGCCGCCUCCGUCAAGGUCCCUGACGAAACGCCCGAGCAGCGACACAAGCAUCUGGCGGACCAGCUCACGCUGCUUCCAACGUCGAUGCUCAUGCCUGGUGUGCUAGGGUCUGAUAUCGUGACACCCUGGAGCGAGGCCGUGCACCUUGCGCAGCGUGUGCGACGUGCCAAAGAACUCGAAGCCGCCGCCCUCGCGUCGGAUGCUGAUAUUGCGCUCAGCUCAUGGACAACGCCGCCCAAACCUGCGCCAGGCGGAAUGCAUCGCUCGACCUCUCUGCCUGUUCCAUCGGAGCCCCCUGCAGCUCCUGACGACACGGUGGAUGUACCGACGCUCGCACUCAGUGGUCUUGUGACGCUGUGCCGCGCAGCCCACCUCGAUGUGACGGUUGAAAUCAUGCUUUCAGUGCGCAUUUACCAGCAACGCCGUCUCUGCCCGACACCGCGCGGCACAUACGCCAUGAUCGUGUGGGUGGAGCUGGAGAACGGGUCGAUCGACACGCCGUUUGUGCUGCACGAUGUCACGCUGCAAAUUGGCAGCGCGUCGUACGGCGGACAGCGCAUGGAUCCGCUCGCCGAUGCGGACGACGUGAAGAUGAUCGUGGAGCCGCUUUAUGCGUCGAACGUGUUUCCUAUGCACAUUGGACCACUCAGUCAGCACAAUCUACUGUACACCGUGCGCAUUGAGUGUGCGCACAUGGAUGUGAGUCAAACAGCAGCCACGAUGGCUGCUUGGCUACCCUGCCGCCACGCGCGCGUCGUUUUGCGCGGCACACCGGCACGCGGCGGGGAAGCAGCGCCAAGCACAUAUCUCUCUGACUACUGUGCCUCUGUUUACACGGGUCUCGCACAAAACGACCUCCAGCGCACGAUGAUCGCCAAGCAGGCCUUGCGCCGAGCGGCCGGCGCCAUCGAUGCGGCGCCCUUCAUGCAGGCAGCUCGCAUGGUCUCUGCGUCGCCCAAUGACGCGCCGCCGCCGCCGCCAAAGCCAUGGCGAGCGAACUCGGGCCUGCUCCGUGCGAGUGAGGCGCCCGGUGCGCCCACUCGCCGUGCCAUCGCAUGGAACCAAGCGGAUGUCAGCACAAAAGGCUGUGAUCCCGGAGAAAUGGCGUCUGCUAUGGCGUCACUGCAUGGUGCACUACUUGCAAAGGUAAACGUAACGCAGCAUGCGCCGACCUUAGGCCUGGGGCGUGCACUAUUGCAUGUGUCGCUCUUCCAUCUGAGCACGGAGGAAAUGGACCUCGAGAACGACCAUGUGUGUCACUGGGCCGCCUCGCACCAGGGCAGAGUUGCGCCGCGGAUCUCGAGCUACACCUCCUCGAGGCGGGAUACCACGUGCUAG